AUGGAGCUGGGCCGCGAUCCCGCUUAUUAUACCGGCCCGGGAGCAUCCGGCGGAGGAUCUGGAUAUCCUGGCAGCGGUGGCUCUGCGUAUCCUGGCGGAGGUGGUGGUUCCGCGUAUCCUUCCCACGGCCUUUGGAGCGACGAGGAAGAUGAAGAAGACUACAUGGGGGAGGAAGGCGACGAAGGGGAUGACCUUCCGGACUCCAAGAAACGCAAGCGCGACCGCGGAAGCAACUGGAGCCUCGCGGAAGCGCUCUGGUUCGCGGAAGGCCUCAAAUCGCACCAGCAAAUGCAGGACAGCCUUGGAGAGAACGCGCUCAAGUGGGGAAAAGUCGAGCAAGGCAAAUACCUCGUGAAAUGGAUGGCUUCGGGCCGCGCUCCCGGCGGUGCGGUGUACCAUCGUUCGGCGCAGUCCUGCAUCAGCCGCCAUUACAACACGAAACUUCUUUUCCGGAAGAUCUUUCGUUGGCAGCGGCAGGUUCAGCAGGAGCAACGCCGGAGGCUGCAGAUGGAAGGACGCGCCCCUCCUCCUGGGGAUAACUCGCUGGACGCCGCGAAUCCCGGGUACUUUUGGCGGCUGAGUGUGGAGGAGCGCGAGGCGAUUGGCAUGCCGCCGCAUUUCCCGCGAGAGUUAUUCGAUCAUAUGAUGGAGUGGAUGCCUAUUGCGGUGCAUGCACGGCAGGAGCAAGAGCGGACGCACCCGCAGCAGCAGCCCGGUCAACGCGGAAUGCAGCAGCAGCAACAGCCUGGGAUGCCAUACGUCCCGUCAACUGCGGAGGAUCCUUAUCUCGUGGCGCUGCGCGACCAGGCGAGUCUUUUGCUGGGGCCGACCGCGGGUCAAGCGGCAGGAGCUGGUGCAGGCGGGGAAGGACUGGGCGCUGGAGCGGGGGAUGAGGGGGACCCGUUACUUUCGAGGUUGGCGGCGGCGACGGGACCUGGCGCAAUGGGCGGCGGAAGGCACGGCAGUCAGGGAGACAUGCGCGGGGCUCCUGCGGCAAGUGCCGGAAGGAGAGGACGUGGCCGCGGAAGAGGCGGCGGAAGGGGGCGGGGGGGAGGCGCAGCGUCCGCCGGCGGAUUCGGGUUCGCGGGCGGGCAAGAAGACGACCUGAUGACGUGGCGAGUCAACGACGGUGUGUUAUCUCGGCUUCCGGGGUCGUCGCGCGAGCCGCGCUCGAGCGGAGCGCUGGGGAGCGACGCAAUGGUCCGCGCGGCGCACGUGAUUGCAGGGGCGAUGGGCAGAAGCGAGGACGCGCUCGCGAAGCGCCACAAGCUGGAGACGCGCGAGCGGGAGGCGCGGGAAAAGGCUAGGAAAGCCGAGGCGAACCAGCUCAAAACCUACCGGAAUAGCGACCUAGGGCUCAAAAAGGAAAAGCUGAUGCUGCUGAAGCGACAGGUGGAGGCUCAGGAGAGGCUGGUGGUCCUGGAAAAGCGGCGGGAGAAGCGGGAGAAGCAGCAGGUGGCGGCGGUUACGGGGAUGGCGCAGGCGGUUGGGGCUGCUGCUGCUGCGGUGCAUGCGGUGGUGGCGGCUUCCGGGAAGAUUCCAGGCCUGGCUGGGCUGGAUAUCGAAGAGUUGGUUAAAUCAAGCGUGGAGACGCUUAAAGCGAGUAUGGUUGUGGAGGAAGAAGAAGAGGAGGAGGAGGUGGUUGUGGGAAUUGGUGGUGGUGGUUUUGGUGGGUUUGGUGGUGUUGGUGGUGUUGGUGGUGUUGGUGCGGAGGAGCAGGAGGAUGGGGAGAAGGGAAUGGAAGGAGUGGGUGGUGUGGAAGGGGGUGAAGCGGAGAGGGAGCGCGAGGAGGAUGGGGAUGUGCGCGAAGCGGCUGCUGUGGUGGAAGCAGGGCAAGGGCAAGAGGUGACGGGCGCGGGAGGGGACGUAGAGGGAGCAGAGGGAACCGCGGGAGCAGAGGGAACCGCGGGAGCAGAGGGAGGAUGGCUGGUUGGUGAAGAGUCUGAGGGGGGGAAAGUAGAGGGAGGGAAAGUAGAGGGGGGGAAAGUAGAGGGAGGGGAGGUGGAGGGAGAAGGGGCGGGAGAGGCAGGAGCAGGUAAGAAAAGUGAAGAUGGCGUGGGGGGAGGCAGUGUUGUGAAGGAGCGCGUUGCUGUGAGUGAGGGUGAUGAUGGGAUGAACGUGGAUGGGGGAGGGGAUGCGGGUAAGGAAGGGAAGGAUGGGCCGGCAGUGACAGGAGCGAAGGAAGAGGGCGCAGAUGGAGGAGUGGGCGGGAAGGGCGAGGAGGGAGAGGAGGGUGAGAAGGGGAAGGAGGGAAGGGUGCAAGAGAAGGGUGCAGAAGAAGGAAAGGAAGAGCAAGAGGGAAAUGCGGGCAGUGAAGGGAAGGAGGUUGUUGAUGGUAUGGAGGUAGACAGUGCGGUAACUGGUGGUACAAAUGUUGCCGCUCCUGAUGCAAAUGCUGCUGCUGCUGAUGUGGAUGUUGCGGACAAGGAUGCAGAUGCAGCAGGAGAGGGUAUUGAUGCGAAGCAAGGUGGUGAGACUGAGAUUGAAAAGGAGGCUGAGAAAGAGGCGGGCAACGAGACUGGGGCGGCUGAGAAUGUGAAUGAUGGGGAUGUGCCUGUAACGGAGGCGGCUGAAGGGGCGUCUGCUAUAGUGAGCAAGGAGGAGCAAGGUGGAGAUGAGAAGGAGAAAGAAGAUGCGAAAGAGGGAGUGGUGGUGGGGGCAGAUGCAGGGAAGGAAGGUGAGGAUGGUGCGGCUGAUAAGGGUGGGUCUGGGGGUGAGGAGGGUUCGAAGGGAGGGGAUGGUGCUGCUGCAGGGGAGGCAGCUGGUGGGGGGGAGGGCGGAGUGGGAGGAGCAGAGGGUGCCAGUAAGGAAGGUGACAGUAAGGGAGGUGAGGGUGCUGCAGGGGACGCCAUGGCAGUGGAUGGUGCAGCAGCAGGGAGUGAGGCAGCAGAAGCAAAGACAUGA